AUCUAUCUGACAUACCAAGGCUCCGAAAUCUCUCACAACGAAGUAAUCCGUGCAGGAUCGGGAACCCUACGAAUCAUCCAAUCAUGGGGCGGUAGUCAGUCGUCUCACCAAUUCAACUCCGUCACUAAGACCGGGAUCGGGGUUCAUGGCUUACUCCCGCUCAACGGCCAUCCGAAAUAUACACGCAACGAACUCGUGUAUAUCUAGAUUCUCACCAAAUCUCAAGGCCAGGAACCCAUUCAUAAGAUUUGAAGAUACCCCUUCAAAACAGAGACGAUUCCUUAAUAUGGCGCGGACCUAUGAAUCCGCCCUCCGGCACCUCGACUCUAUCCAGUCGAACCGGGCCGUGACAUCUCUCUUCUCCCCUCCUCCUCCCACCCCUUCCUCAACCACCAAACCCUCUCCACAAGACCUAAACUCCCAAGCGAUCCCAGAAAUGCUCCAAUGGGCCCAGCGCGCCGGGAUCACACAGCACGACCUCGCGACGCUGCGCUGCGUCCACGUCGCGGGAACCAAGGGCAAGGGGUCCGUGUGCGCGUACCUAACCUCCAUCCUCACCUCCGCCUCCGCGGGUAAGGUAGGCACAUACACGUCGCCGCACCUCGUCAGCGUGCGCGAGCGCAUCCAGAUCGACGGGGAGCCGCUCAGCCGCGCGCUGUUCGCGCGCUACUUCUUCGAGGUGUGGGACGCGUUUACGGCGGCUGCGCGGGCGGAAGCUGACCUCCUCCUCACACGCAACGCUGGCAAAUCCGGAGCCAAAUCAGGGGAAGAAGGGAAAGCAGGGGUAGAAGAGGGGGUAAGCGAAGAAGAGAUCACCGGACCGGCAAGCAAACCAUUCUACUUCCGGUUCCUAACGAUCAUGGCUUUCCACACGUUCCUGCGCGAAGGCGUGCGCACGGCGGUCGUCGAGUGCGGGAUCGGCGGCGAGUUCGACAGCACGAAUAUCCUUCCGCGCGAAGCGGUCACGGCGUCCGUUAUAGCACAGCUCGGCGUCGAUCACGUGGGCAUGCUGGGCGCGACGGUGCCGCAGAUCGCAUGGCAUAAGGCGGGUGUUAUGAAGGAGGGCGUUAGGUGCUUUACGCGGAAGCUGCAAGGGGAGGAAGAGCCGACGAUGCGGGUCCUGAGGCAGAGGGCGGCCGAGAAGAAGGCGGUUUUGGUGGAGAUUGAGGAUCGUGAGGUGGAGGAGUGGGGCGGGGUGAAGGGGGAUGAUGCGGUUGCGUGUUUGGAGGGCGAGUUUCAGAAGUAUAAUCAAGCACUAGCAAUCAGGGCCGCGAGCGAGCAUUUGAGGAUUUUGGAGGGGAGGGAGGGUAAGCGGCCGGAAGAAGAAGCGUUAGCCGUCUUGGGCGCACGUUUCGCCGACGGUCUUCGGCAGGCUAGGCUCAGGGGGCGCUGCGAAACGCUGCAGGACGGGAAUUUUUCCUGGUUCGUCGACGGCGCGCACACGGCGGAGAGCUUGGAAGAGGUAGCCAAGUGGUUCGCGGCGAAGCGCAAAGCCCUGCCCGGCGGUACGAAGGUCGUUCUGCUUUUCAACCAACAAGAACGCGACGUCGCGAAAUUGCUCGGCGGUCUGCUUGAGGGUAUCAAGCGGGUUCUCGGAGUGUCUACGAUAUUCGACUAUGCCGUCUUCACGCGGAACGAUGUGCAGCGCAGGGCCGAGGACGAGCCAGAGCGGGACUUGAGCGUUCAGCGGGCUGCGGCGGAUGCUAUGGAGAAACUGUGUCCCAAGACGGAGAGUGCCAUUGUGGAUAAUGUUAGCGAAGCAGUUGACAAAAUCAAGGGGUUACAAAGUGACGAGGCUAGGGUCGCGAUUCUAGCCACAGGGAGCUUGCACCUUGUAGGCGCGUUGCUGAGAACUCUGGAACCAGACGGGGAGACAUAACCAUGACGAGUUAAAGGGACGGAUAGACGAUAUCAUAUAUUACGAUUGGACUGGAAUGGCGUUUGGAAAAUAAGACAUAGAUUCUAUGUAGGUCACAAGACCAUCUAUUGGGUUAUAGCUAUGCUUUCAACAGUGAGCUUCGGAAUAUAUGCAUUUUACGAUAA